AUGGGUAUUGUCGGCCGCAUCAUGCGUUUGGGCCGCCGUUUUACCGAAGACGCGAACGAGGCAAUAAAGCCACAAUGCUUGCGCUAUACCGAUUUCGAUAUCAUCGCAACGCUGCGUCGCUCAGGUAGGCCUUACCGGCUCACUCCGGUAGAGCUGUGUGAGGCAGUAGUGCUCACGUCAGGCGCGAUGACUGCGGCGCUCGAGCGGGUCGAGAGGGUGAAACUAAUUGCUCGACAGCCCAGCAAGACUGAUCGACGGGUGAAGGCCGCGGUGCUUACCGCGAAGGGCGUGCGAGUGGCUGAGGCGGCCGCCCGGUUGCGCUUUAGGGCAGCACACCUGGCCGUCGGCUGCCUCUCGGUGACCGAGGCCAGGCAGUUAGUGAGUCUGCUAAGAAAACUUUCGUUGCAUGCAGAGUAG